GUCUGAAAUUAAUUAUGAAACGAAAAUUAAUCACAAAUAAAACGGAACAAGCUAUAUGUGAAUGUGUCUAUAAAUUAUUUUAUAGGCACAGAGUGAAAUGAACUCUCACGCGUGAUAAUGUUCUGGUAUCAGUAUACUCUAAGCUAUCUCGAGACGAAGACAAUAAAAUGUCAAGUGAAAAUACAAAGGAAGAAAUCAACGAACAAGUACCAAUUAAUGAAAAAGAUAAUGUGAACAAUAAAGACGAAUUCGAGAAUCGGAGUUUCUUUGAUAAACUGUGCGAAAUCAAAUCUAACAUAACAGUGGAGCCAAUUUUCGCGGGAUUAAUUAUACCUUCGACUUUGGCCAGAUUGGCGAUACAAAACUUGAAUUUAGACAAAGCAUGCCGCGUCAAAUCACAGUUCGGAGAUGUUGUCUGCGACGCACUGAUCGAACGGAAAGGCAAUUACACAACUCAAGAAGCCGAGAUCCAGCAAAUAAUUUCACAUAUUGAAUCAUGGAGGACUAUUAUACAGACCGCCAUACCCACACUUCUGGUUAUCUUCAUGGGAGCUUGGAGCGACAGGACGGGCAACAGAAAAAUUUGCAUACUCCUCCCAAUCUUCGGUGAAUUUAUGGUCUGCGUGAGCAAUGUAUUGAGCACUUACUUCUUUUAUGAGAUUCCAGUCGAAAUCACAAUGUUCCUAGAAGCGAUAUUCCCAGCCAUCACCGGAGGUUGGGUUUUAGUAUACUUAGGAGUAUUCAGCUACAUAAGUGAUAUUACAGAUGAGAAGUCGAGGACGUUUCGAGUGGGCUUAGUGAAUCUAUGCUUGACGGCCGGAAUUCCUAUUGGUACAGCUCUUAGUGGAAUUUUAUUGAAAUACUGGGGCUAUUAUGGCAUUUUCUUUUCAUCCGGCUCAUUGUAUUUCGCUACGUUUUUAUACGGCUAUUUCUAUUUAGAAAGUAACACGAAACCUAAUGCUGGAAGCGAUGAGAAGCCUAAGCCGGUAUCUUGUUUUGAUCUAGUAUCGCUAGUGAAAGAAACUGUUUCUGUCGCUUUCAAGAAACGUCAAGGGAAUUUUAGAUCAAAAAUAAUACUGACUUUGUUAGUAGUCGCCAUAAUAUAUGGACCCGAUCAUGGUGAAAGAAUAAUUACGUAUCUAUAUUUGAGAUACAAAUUAAAAUGGGAUGCAGUUAAAUACAGUUUAUAUUCAACCUACAGUAUCAUUACACAUUCUUUCGGGGCACUUAUCUCCAUCAGUGUCUUCAGUAAGCGUUGGGGAUUCCACGAUUCAGUGCUAUGUCUCAUCUCGAUCCUAAGCAAAUUGGCUGGCAGUAUUAGCAUGAUAUUCGUCGAAACCGACUUCCAAAUGUACACGAUUCCAAUUGUAGAGAUAUUGAAUGCAACCACGUAUACUUCACUGAGAUCGUUAGCUUCAAAACUUAUUCCUAGCGAAGAGAUGGGUAAAAUGAACUCUUUGUUCAGUCUGGUGGAGACAUUGGCAGCUCUGGUAUUUGACCCCACAUAUUCGACGAUAUACGCGCGUACUGUAUCAGUAUUCACUGGAGCCGUAUACCUUUAUAGCUCCCUCAUGAGUAUUCCAGCUAUAGCCAUUUUACUAUGGAUCUUCAUAAAACAUAGGCUGGAAUUACGAAAUCCCGAGAAAGAAAUCGAGCUGAAUAAUAGUUCCUAACAAUACCGUAUCUACUUAAACUACAUAUAUCAACAUUAUUAGAUGACUAUCUUGCUAGAUACAAUAGGGAACAAUUUUUUGUUAAGGGAAACCAUUUCGAAGCAGAAACGACAAUAAUCAACCUCAAGUGCAAUAUUAAAUAUCUGAUUAUGUUAAGCUAGGCUUAAGUGCUAUUUCAUUUUAGCAACUUAAUUCACUCGAUAUUAUCUAUAGCAAAGACAGUAUGUGUUAAUCAACCUAUAGGUGAGUCAGCCACAUUUUUUAUUGUUAAAAUUUGUUUACAUUACAUAAUUUAUUAGCGACAUUUCUACUAAGACCAGUUUUAUUAUUUUAUCGUAUCGGAAAUAAGCCAUACUACUUUUUAUGCGUCACUUAAGUUGGCAAAUUUUAUUACAUUCACUAAUAGUUUUA